UGUACUGCUGUGUACAAACGUUACCAUUCGUGUUGUUAGAAAUAAUAUUCUAUAUUUCUCUCUUGGAAGCACUUUUAUAUUAUUUGCAAAUAUGGCUCGCAAAAAAAGAACAAGGAAACCUCUCAUUAAGGAUGAUGUUGAUGAUAUGGAAGACGAUAUUGAAGACGUGAAUAUGAAUAAUGUGACAGAUUCAGAAGAAGAAUAUACAGAAACUGAAAAAAAAUUACUAGAAAAAGUAAGGAAACAGCAUACUACUGAAAAUUUUGAUAGCGAUGAUGAAGUUCUUGGUUUAGAAGAUGAGAAUGAGGAAGAAUCAGACGAUCAGCAAGAUUUAAUGGAAUCUGACAUUGAAGGGAUACAAGAAGAUUAUGAUAUGCCAAACGACAGAGCUUGGGGCAGCAAAGCAAAAGCUUUUUACUCGUCAGAUUUUAAAUAUACAGAUUAUGCAUCAGCGCCUCAAAAAGAUUUGAUUAAUGCUGAAAUGGAAGAAGAAGAAGGAAAAAAGUUGCAUUUAAGAGCAAUGGGACAGCACUUAGCUCUUGAUGGUUCAAAUUUGAAUAAAAACAUGAUAGCUGAAGUUAUAAAGGAUAACGAAGUUGUUCAAGAGGACAUAAAACAAGUGUCUGACAAAGAAUCUUUUGUAAUUAUGGUCAAUACUUAUAAAGAAUACAUGAUGGAAGCAGAGAAUAUUUUAGCACCCUUUCUUGAAUUGGUCAAAGAUGGAACAUGUCCUGAAUGCAAUGCAGUAACUUUUAUUAGAACUAAAUACAAAACUAUAUUAAAUUAUUGCACAAAUAUCUCAUUUUGUUUGAUGCUGAAAGAAAAGGAGCUGCCAAUAAAAACGCAUCCAGUUGUGAAGCGUCUGGAGCAAUAUCAUCAAUUGCUCAACGAAUUGCAAUCGGAGCAGGGAGAUUUGUUAGAGCAAGUGACAGAGAUAUUGAAAGCAGUUAAAGAAAACCGACCUCUUUAUAGCAUAUCAGAUGGUUCUCUAGUACAAAGUAGUAAGAAAACUCCAAGACUUACUAACUUGACUAAAAAGCUGAUAGCUAAAAGAAAAGCAGUAAUGCAAGAAGAUAAGUUAUCAUCUAAUAGUACGAAUGAAGAAACAAGAUUGGAUGAAGAGCUAGAUACUGAAGAAGAAUACAAUGGCAAAUCUAUAUUUGAUGAAAAAGAUGAUACCAUCUUGAAUACUGCGAACGAAGAUGCCAAGAGAGCGAUAACAUAUCAAAUGGCAAAGAACAGAGGUCUCACGCCUUACCGCAAGAAGGAAUUGCGCAAUCCGCGAGUGAAGCACAGAAAUAAGUAUCGUAAAGCUCUAAUUCGCAGAAAGGGCGCGGUGAGAGAAGUGAGAAAGGAAUUGACUCGUUAUGCAGGUGAGAUCUCAGGUAUCAAAGCGGGUGUGAAGAAAGGUAUUAAAUUAAAAUAA